CAAUAAGCUAAUUUCUCAACAAGUUUUUUAAUUGGCUAUUGAAGGUUAUAUUGUUAAGUGGCUGUACUACCCAAAGUAAAGAUACUUUAGCUUAUCGCCGACUAACUUGUUAAGUAAUGGUAUUUCUUUAUAAUCAAUACCUACCUACCUGCCUAAGUUAAUACAGAUACAGUUUUUUUUUCUUUAUUUUUUUCGCUAGUUAAAUUUAGUGCUAUGAACAUUUGGAAAAUUUACAUUUACAAGGCUAUUUUAAAUUUGAAUCAUACUGAAUCAUAACUUUACAUAGUAAAAGGUCUUCAAACCACGCCACUUUGCUCUGACACAUCCAUCAACAACGCCCGUGCUGACCAUCCUCUAUGCUCACUCGGCUACUUGGAGCUAUGAGAGGGGGCAGUUAGACGGGGCACUGCCUAGGUAAAUCAUGACAAGCUUGCGUCUUUCCCGGCCCCUGGGGAAACCUUGGCUUGGAUAUUAUGGACGGUAUGGACAGUAUGAGCGGUAUGCUACUCUCCAAAGACGCGUAAGCAAUGAGAGAGGAUUUACGUUUACGGAUGAGAGCCGCUCCAAAAGCGCUCAAGCAAGAAACUAUUCUACUAGCUUCAGUGUACCAACAUCCGAGGGGGUCAUCCAGCCGGGUACACAUGUCCUCGAUUUCUGCAGAAAGUACCAAAUUUCGUUCCCUUCUGUUCUGCGGCGUGCUUCAGGUGUGCAGUUGACACCGAAUCCGCUCGGGAUUGGUGUUAUGAUAUCCGAGAAACAUUGCUUCAACAAGCAUUCCCUGAAAUACUUGGACAAAUAUGAACAACCUUUUACCAAGACGAUUUUUGAUAUCUACAUCGCCCAGAAAAAACAGCCCCUGUGGUAUUCGGUCUUUUCUGUUCCUGUCACAACGCCUCUCCCGUGUAAAGAAGGAGCAAGAAGGUUACGGCAUGCAUUUCGGGAUGCAUUGGCUGCUCGCGGGUAUGAUCGAGACGGCAGGAAGAUGGAUACGGAUGGUCCUAUUGUGGAUAUGCAUGGGACGGUGAGCCUUAUUUGCGGAAACCCCAAGGCUGCUUGCAAUCUCAAAUUCCCAGAACUUGUGAAGCAUACCAACAAGAUCGUGGCGGGCAUUGAGAAUAUGCUCGCACGGGACAAGUACGGUGUUUUCAUUAAUCCAAUCCAGAAUCAGAAGUCAAAUAAGGGCCAGUCCGCAAGAACUGCGUGGAAGACGAUGGAUCGUAGUAGUAAGGACAAAGCACAAAACCGAGCCCGGGCUUACAGAUGAUGUUCACUCUCAACGCCCACUCUUAUCCCCAACUUAUGUUCAAUAGGCUAAUGGGAUGUGACAAUGCGUGGCACAUGUCCAAGCUGCCGCUCGGCCAUGAAGCUGAGAAUGCAAAUUCAUUUAUACAGACCUUGGGUUACCUACAAGUAUGUUGAUAGUAGUAACCAGUAUAUUUAUGUAUAGAAAAUAUGUCUGUCACAUGCCACA